AUGGCUAUUAAAGGGCAAGUUGUGGCUGAUUUCUUAUUGGAAUGUGAUGUAGAUGAGCCAGAUGAAUGCCUUGAAGAAUCUUCAUGGCAGCUCUUUGUUGAUGGCUCUUCAAAUCAGAUGGGGGUAGGAAUCGGGAUCAAUGUGCCGAGGGCAAUCGUAAUGGAUAAUGGGACUAACCUUGAUAGCAAGCAGGUGAAUGGUCAGGCUGAAAUCACAAACAGAACGAUCUUUGCUUGUAUAAACAAGAAGCUUGAAGAAGAGAAAGGGAAGUGGUUAGAUGAACUCCCGAAUAUCCUGUGGGCGUAUAGAACGACUCUAAGACGACCGACCAGAGAAAGCCCAUUCUCCAUAGCAUAUGGUACUGAGGCAGUAAUAGAACACCAAGUUCCUACCAUUCGUAGUUUAGCGUGGAAUCAAGAGCGGAAUGACCAUAUGCUGAAAUUCUACCUCAACUUGCUUGAAGAGAAGAGGAAUGCUGCAGCAAUAAGGCUCACAUCAUAUCAACAAACGCUUAUGAACAGUCACAACAGAAAGGUGAGGGAUAGGGGUUUUGCACCUGGUGAUUUGGUUCUGAAAAGAAAAGUCGAUAUUAUUAAGAAAAUGUUGUCACCAUGA